GUGUGGUUAACUUUACUGACACCGACAAUCCCAACAUUGGUUAAAAGAAACUAGUACUUUAGCCAAAUACAACGUUCCGACGUCAACCUCUGUUUCGUCACGUAGGCAGCUAAUGCUAACAUUUACGUUUGGGAUCAAAACUGUCAUCUCAACCGUUUUUCUGACGGCUGAAAAAUACAUUUUCAUAAAUGAAAUUUGAGAAGAAAUACAACAGUGAGCUCGACAAGGGGGCCGUCUCCAAGGACACGAAGUUUGAGUAUGCCUGGUGCUUGAUCAGGAGUAAAUACUCGGGGGACAUCCAGAAGGGAAUCGCGUUGUUGGAGGAACUUGUCCAGAAAUCUCCAAAAGAUGACUCCAGAGACUUCCUCUUCUACCUCGCAGUGGCCAACUACAGACUCAAAGAGUACGAGCGAGCCCUGAGGUACAUCCGGACCCUCCUGAAGAACGAGCCGGAGAACAAGCAGGCUCUGGAGAUGGAGAAGCUGAUCGAUAAGGCCUUAAAGAAAGAUGGCUUGGUUGGCAUGGCGAUCGUCGGAGGGAUCGGGCUGGGCGUGGCCGGAUUAGCGGGCCUCAUUGGCUUGGCAGUUUCAAAGGGAGUGGCCAAAUCCUAACCUGGAUGUUUCCGUUUUCUCUGGACUCAGGAUUGAAAAAUAAAAGUGCUAAAAAGUGUUUAAAACUCCUAACGGAUGGGGAAUUUUUGGUCUCAAACUAAAAAACCCAGCAGUGACAGUGUUGAGAAAAGUCUUUAUUUAUCCGACUUCUUUUGUUGAUUCACUCUCACUUAUACAAAAGCUCAUAUUUACAUUAACUUUGCUGUAAAGCUACAGUUAGGAGUUCUCCUGAGUAGAAACUGAAGGUGUUUUGGGUUCUGUGAAAUGUGGAGUUUGUCGUUUGAAGAGGAGCCGUCGGGAUCUGAACCAAGACUUCUGUCAGAGCUGAAAAGUCCAAAUGGAGCGGCUGAUUAGGGUGGGAAGUUUUCUGAUUAUUCUGGAAUAAAGUCCAAACGUGGAAAUGUGGCACAGAUCUUUCUUUAAUUAACCGCAUUCCUAACGUUGUGCUUUAUAAUAUAUAUUAUUGUGCAUCAUGUUCAAUAAAACGCUAGAGAAAAUGUUG